GUCACAAAUUGAUGUUGGAACUUUGCUGUUCAACUUGAUCAGUCGAGCAUAACGGGUGAACCAAGAGCAGAGAGCACACGCCUUUCAUUUGAAUGCAAUGCAUCGCAGACCAUCGACAUUUCUGCUGUGUUGCCUGAGGUGCCAGUUUUGCCAACUCGACCAAAUAUCUCCUCAUAUGCAUUACAAGAAGAGUCACUGGUUGAAACGAGGCCGAUGGAGAUUAGUGAAACGGAGAAUUACACUCCGGAGUUUGUAGUGGUAGACCAAGGAACAGAUAGAGGGAAACCGAAGCUGAUUGAAACAAUCGGUUAUGCCUAUACCAGAAAGAAAGUGAAUGGCGACCGAAUUAACUGGACUUGCAGUGUUAGAGGAACCCACAACUGGUGCAAAGCUACAGUUAACCAAAAUGGGAAUAUCUUUUCUCGAGGCAAAGUGGAGCACAACCAUCAAGCAAAACCUGGACUGCUACAUCGAACCGAAGAAAACAAACAGGUCAAAACUCUAGCUGCGGAGCACAUUUUUCGGUCGGCAAAGGAGAUUGUUGAAAGUGUGAAGCUUGCUGCCGACCAGGUUGAAAAUAUUCAGUCCGACUCGUGUACGUUUGAUAGCUGGGCAAGGAAGGCCAAUCGACAUCGAAAGAAAUUCCGACCCGAUGAUCCCAAAGACCUGCAGUUUGAUGUUGAUGUAGAGUACUUGUGCUCGGUAGACUCGGAUGCAGAAACGUUUUUCCAAGCGUCAGUCCGUGUCAACGAACAGCGGCAUCUGAUUUUUGCAACGCCAGCUCAAGUUCAUCAGCUGGCCCAGGCGAAAAACAUGGUACGUCGAUGGAACAUUUAA